UAAUUCCUGUAAUAGUUAUUUGAUAUUUAUAUUUUUCUUUUCAUCUCAUGUCUUAAAUUACAUAGAAUUAAAAAUUUAUAUUGCUACUGUAUAAAAACGGAAACAAAUGAGUACCGGACUGAAUAAAAUGGAUUCCAAUUUAACUGGCAUGUGGGUGAGUUUUUUCACUACAGCUGGCAUACCAUCGGAUGUUGCUGCUACAUAUGCCCUCACCUUCACAGAGAACAGGAUCCAAAAUGAUAUGCUACUGGACUUGAACAAGGAGUAUCUCAGAGAUAUGGGCAUCACCAGGAUGGGAGACGUUAUUGCCAUACUGCGGCAUUCUAAGCAAGUGCAUGAGAAUACGGCGAGGGAUCGUGUACUGAGCACAGCAGUCACAAACAAAGUGCCCGUCGCCGCUGUCACAGGACGCUCCACUGUGUCUCAGCCUUCUUCUGCCGCUAGCCGUAUAUUAGAGCAUUAUACUCGUAACACAAACGUGCGGGAAUCAUCGCCUACGGUACCAUUGCAACAAAAGAGGAAGCUCACAAAUGCCGGCAACAGUAUGAAGAAAGCUCGCUUCAUACGUUUUUCGUCGCCACCACAAGCAUCGGUGAAAGAAGUUACAAAGCAGACAACAGUGUUUUCGCGGCUCGGGCAGUCAGAGCCGGCCAAAGUUGUAACCGCAAAGCCUACCGUCAAAGCAAUAUACGCUAGGUUGGGAUCCAAGCCUGCUGUGGCUGAAGAAGAGGUUGUUAUACCAGUACAAAAGGAUGCCCUCAAGUAUGAAGGCAUACUCAAGACUCCAGUCAUAGCUACGCGGUCGAAGGUUGUCACCGUCACAACGUCAACAAACAAUGUUAGGAAGAUAGCUAUGGGAUGUACGAUGAGAGCAGACGAGACCCCAGUUAAUAUUAAGGAUAAAUUAGCAUUGCCUAAAUCGAAAUCGGUAAAGUUUUCAAAUCAUGUAGAGUACAAAGAAAUAGAGAUGAACCAGAAGAAUGCAGGCAAACCAAAGGUGUUGCCGCAGAAAUUAACACACCAGAAGAAUGUAGUCAAACCAAAGGCGUUGCCGCAGAAAUUUACGCCGGUCUUUAACAAACCAGAGAGACGGUUGUCUAUGCCAGAAGUCAAUAAUGGAGUUAAAGCUAGGCUAGGUAAUAAGAAUGCUAACAAUCUUACAAUUACGAGAAACGUAUUCAAUAGGCUAGGUGUAUGAUUUUCUGUGCCAUAAGGACGAGUUUGUUUUUAAUGUGUUUUGUGUUUUAUUAAUGUACUCAUUCUGAGGAAGGAAUUUGUAGUCAGUUGUUUUAAGAGAUUGUUAUCAUUACGAAUCGUAUUGUGGAUGCUUUCUAUGUAUGGUUCAGUCAUAGGAAUAACAAUAUAAAAAUUUACAAUGCGUUAGAAAGCUUAACAGAAUAAAUAAUGUACUAAGUACAUACCGUAAGUACUAACUAUAAUGGAGCCUACUGAUCGCCGAUAAACAUUGCUACAAUCCAGAGUAGUAGUAAUUAGCCAUAAAUAUUAUUCUAUUUUUAUAUAUACAUAUAGUUUGCGCUAAUGUUGAGCCGGUAAGGAAAAUCCGUUCAUUACUAUGAGAAUGUAUGUACAAUCAUUAUAUUAAUACGUGAAGCAAAAACUUUGUACCUCUUAUUACGAAAAUGUGCGGAUGGAGGAGUAUGAAAUUUCGAACACAUAUAGUUUAUAGGUAGGUAGUAUAUAGGUGAUAUUUUGUGUGCAGAUUGUUAAUAUUUUUUUUAUUUUUGACCUUACAAAUGUUCAAUAUAUUAAUUGUGGUCGAAUUUCGACCAUUCGGCGACACUAGUAUUGAUAACUAGCCGUUUUCUUUAUCUGCGUGGUAUUUAACUUUCUUUUAUUUAUUGAAAUAAAUAUAAUUUCUUCAAUAAAAGUAGCCUAACUUACUCUUUAUAUCAUGUUAGCGAAAGUCUCGUCAUAAGAGGUCAAGCCGUUUCCGAGAUUAGCAAGAACAUAGGCAAGAUUUUUUAAAUUAUUUUUCUUUUUAUGCAUUUAGUGAGAAGCUUUUAAUUUGAAAUUACAAACAUACACUUUACUUUUAUUUAUUCGUAUAGAUGAAAAAUAAUUUUUGACACGAGAUGGCGUCGUAUUGUUUUUUUUUGUCAACAGCCUCUGAAGUUUCUUUUCUAUUCUAUUCGAGUUAAUUGGUAUAUAUGAAAAGAAUUUAUUUAUCACUCAUAAUUGACAAUAUAGAUGUAUUUUAUGUUGUUGACAUCGCUAUUUUUUUAUCGGUAUAUGUACCGAUUAUUUUUAUAUAGUUUUACGUUAUUUUAGCAUAAGUUUUUUUGUACCACGCUGGCGCCAAUCAAGCAUAUACGGCCCAUCUGAUGGUAAACGGUUACACUAAGUAAGUAUAAUGUUACCUAAUUAUUCAAUCCAAAUUCAAUAAACAAACUUUUUUAUUCUUUAUAAUACUAGUAUAGAUAAAUUAGCACGAAACUAAAACAGAAGUAAAAUGUUAUUAAGUUUAAUUAAAAAAUAUAUAAAUUAUAAACUGUGUACAAAGAAUUUUUUUUUAAACAAAAUUUGAAUCUCGAUAUAAAAAAAAUUAAUGCUUUGGGUAUCGUGUGAGAAAUGCCUUAGAUUUUUAUUUAAUACUUUAAAUUUAACUUUUUUUUUUAUUAAAUAAAUAAAAUAACAAAAAUAAAAGUAGUCUAAGUUACUCUUCAUAACCGUUCUUAUAAAAGUCCCGUCAAAAUUGGAAUAUUUAGAGAUUAGCAAGAAGACAACAGACAUUCAGAUAAAAAAAAUAUAAGUAGGUACAGCAAGUACCCUAUAUGUUUUCAUAUGUAUUUAGUGAAAAGCUGUUAAUUUUAAAUUAGAAAGAGACACAACCUUUUUAUUUAUUUGUAUAG